GGAAAAUUUGUUUUACUUGCAAUAUUAAAUCUUUUUCUUUGGUCAUAGUACGUAUUAAAUAUAUCAUACUAAUUCGAAAUAUUAUUGGAAUUUCUAUAUUUUCAAAUUAUUAUUUAAUAACGAGAGUUUAUAACUUAAUGAUUUAAAUCCCUGUUGCUGUAAAUAAAAAGCACAUUAGCACAUAAAAUAAUAUUAAAAUAAUUAAGAACAUAUGAAUCAUUUUUACCACAACGUAUGUAAUAUAUGCAUUUUUGUAAAUGAGAUUGUUACAAGUUUUAACAAUGGAAUCUCAGAGUACUUGUGCGAUUUGCGGGAAAAAUGCAAUUCAUAAAUGUAGUGCCUGUGGAAAUGUUUAUUACUGCAGUAAGCAACAUCAGAAAGAGGAUUGGAGGAAUCACGCAAAAGCUUGUAAAAGUUUUAAGUUAGCAGAAGAUUCCUUAUUGGGUCGUCAUUGUAUAGCCACACGAAAUAUCAAAGUUGGGGAAAUUGUUUUGAAAGAUGAUCAACCUCUGAUAGCAGGUCCUAUGUAUAAUUGCGCUCCUGUGUGUCUUUGCUGUUACACGGUCUUGAACGAAACCAUUGCAGUAGCUUGUGAAAAAUGUGGCUGGCCUCUUUGUCAAGAUUGCAAAGAACAUGGAUUAGAGUGUAAUUUUUCUUCUUCCCGCAGAGAUCAUAAGGUAUCUAUAACUGAAUUUGGCCACCCACAUCCAAGUUAUCAAUGUAUAACUGUCAUAAGAGCGUUAGCAUCGAAGGAUGUUAAUUUGGAAUCUUAUAAGAAAUUACUAUCGCUCGAAAGUCAUUGCGAUCGAAUAAAUUCCCAUGAGCUGUCAAACACUGUUCGCUUUAUUAAAAGAUUUUUCAAAACAGAUGAUAUAUCGGAGGAGGAAAUGACAAAAAUCGUCGGUAUCUUGCAGGUUAAUGGACAUGAAGUUCCGCUUACUGAUCCACCAUACGUAGCAGUUUACGAACGGACAUCGUUACUUGAGCAUAACUGUAAAGCAAAUUGCUCGAAAAGUUUCACUGAUACUGGAGGGCUGAUUAUUCAUGCUGCAGUGCCUAUUGCAAAAGGAGACCACAUUUCUAUAUGUUAUACGGAUCCAUUGUGGGGUACUGCAAACAGAAGACACCAUCUUCUUAAAACAAAAUUUUUUGAAUGUACUUGUGAUCGAUGCAAGGAUCCCACAGAAUUUGGAACAAUGUUUAAUGCUUUAAAGUGCAAUCGAAUGAAUUGUCCAGGAUACAUAUUACCAAAAACUUUUUUUGAACAGGAACAGGAUUAUACAUGCAAAAUUUGUGAAUCAAUUGUUCCUUAUGUGGAAAUUGAAAAAAUGUUAGAAAAUAUUGGUAUAUACCUUUCAACUAUGAAGAAAAAUGACAUUAUUGCAUGUAAAGAAUUUAUAAGUCGUUACGAAAGUAUACUCCACCCAAAUCAUUUUUACAAUAUUGAUGUAACGAUUGCUCUGGCUCAAUUGAUUGGACAACAAACUGGAGGAUUAGCAGCAGUUGAAAAAGAUCUCCUCAUCGAGAAAAUAGAAUUAUGCAAAAAACUGGAUAAAUUGCUCAAGACACUCGUUCCUGCUGAAAAUCGAAUUCGAGGUCUGAUCCUUUUCGAAUUACAUGCAGCCCACGCAGACCUUAGUAGGAGACAUACAGAAAUGGAGAUUUUAGUGCCAUUACUGACAAGUAGGAUACCUCGAAUUACUAAAUGUGCAGUUCAAAUUUUUGGCAGGAAUUGAUAUUUAGGGGUGGAAAACAUCCGUUGUACAUUACCGACGUAAACAACACUUAAAGCCCUCCUGUGCUUUCAAAAAUUUUCUACACCCUUAUUUGUGUUUAAAUAGUCUCAAUAAACUCUCAAGAUCAGAAAUGUUAUGGAACUAUGUUCUUGGUAAAAUAAAUUUCUCUAAUUUUAAAAAUUCUUUGUAGAAAUGUAUGAUUUUGACACAAGGUAUGAUUUUGUAAACACAAAAAUACCGCUAUACAUCCUUCCUUGUCUUUCAUACGUUCAAUUUGAUUAUAAAUUAAAGCUAAAGUACCUAUUAAAUUAUGUAAGACAUAAUUUUUUGACAUAAAUAGGUUAAUAUCUUUUUAUGGGGAAUACCACGAUAGAUCGAUUAAUGUAUUAAAAGAUGUAUGGUUGACCUUAAAACCUGUCCCGCUACUGAAUCUGCGAAACAAUAAUUUGCACCAUAUAAUAGCUUCCUUCGAACCAAAAAACUUCUGUAAAAGUAAUUUUUUAAUAGCUUUGUGGCGGCACUCGACUGCACAAAUACCGCCAUUUCGACACUAACUAAUACCGGACGACGGCAGCGCGGUGGUUAGCGCUGUAGGUUAUAAACGUUUGGGACUCGGGUUCGAAUCCCGGCGCUCGGUAGUCCGACUUUUCUUCCACGAUUCCUAAAUAGGAAGAAAAUACAGCAGUAUACCACGCAGCAACAUCUACAGCCAGCAGAGCUAUCACUAAUAUCUACAACACACAUACACCUCAGCUUUAAUCCUUCGUAAAAUAUUCUACUGUUUUGAGUUAAAUGAAACAUCCUGUAUACGUAUACACAAUCUUCUUCCCUACAACUUGUACAGGGUAAGCUGCUGCCCAUGUAUCGUUCGAUUCGAGAAUUCCUGUACAGGCCGCUACUUAGGUGGUUCUCACAUACUUUCGUUCAUGUAAGGAAGGUUUGUUCGCGCACAGCUAAUUUCUAACUAACAAUAACUAAAAAACAAAGAAAAUGCAAUUCCUUUAUUCUUGAUUUUCAUCUUAUCUUAGCUUCAAGAAUCACUCCAAAUUUUGUUACAUCUGUAACCAAACACCCUUUCUAAAUAUAUAGUAUUAUAUAGAACAUCAGUUUAUAUAUAGUAUUAUGUACAGUAGGAUAAUCUUUACAUUUUUACUUCCAAAUUUUGUUGUCACGCCAUCUAAAAUUACAUUUGAUGAGAAAAUAACAUCUAUAAAAUUUGAGUUAAUGUUUUGAUAUUUUUUCCUUCACGUUAAUUUUCGGCAUAUCCGUGUCCCCUCAUUCUACAUGUAUUUCAUAUAUAUUUUAAUAAGUAAUUUGUAAACAUUUUUUUAAUAAAGUAAAUAUUAAUGGGUAUCUUAACAAAAACGUGAAAAUACACUUAAAUAAUGUAGAUGUGUAUUUGUUGAAUGUUGGUGUUAUUGUGGAGGAAGUCCGACGAAAUUGUGUUCAAAUAAUUCGUAAAACAAUUUUAAGCAACGAAAAAUAAAACACUAUUUCUUCUCCGUAAACUGGCGAUCAUACCAUCAACAUAGCUAAUGAGAAAAAGCAAACUGACAUUCCAGUACGAAAUCUUGUUACAAAAUUAUAUUCAGAAGAUAGAUCCUUUCUUAAAGUGUGGAAAGUGGGCUCUAAAUAUACAAAAAUUCAUAAAGAAAUUUCGAUACGAUGUAACAAUAUGCAAUACAACAAAGCGAAGAAAAAAAUAUCAGAUGCGGAUGAACGUUUCAUUCAUAGAUAAAUAAAAAUAAAUCCGAGAACAAAUGUGCGAAAUAUAUGGAAAGAAAUCUCCACUGAAACAUGUUUAGUUUUGUAGCGGACUGUAUAAAGGUUGGAGUCUAUGCUGAGAAGGACACGUAGGUCUGUGCGAGAAUAGCAAACUGAUUCACGAUCUUGAUCGAAUCGAAUGAAUUUUAUUCGGCACACAACGCCAUUGGUAACACGAUGCGAUGAGUGUGACUAUUUAAAUAUGAUAUAAUGAUAUUGUUCGCAUAACUUAUAAUAAGUAAACACGUUGGGACGCUAAAUUCUUUUCAUAAAGAACGCAAUUACCGAUCACGGAAAGAUACAAAUGAUAUAAAGGGGCUUCGGUACUCGUAAUACUUUUCUUGUCUUAACUUCGGUCGUUCUCGUUUCUAUUCUUUUCGGUAAUAUCCUAUAAUUAAGUAAUUAUAGUUUUAACGCGAGCGGUAAGAGACUGGAGCAUUUAUAAUUACCUGUGAUCAUCGAUGACAAAUCAAUGUCUGAGAAAAGGAAGGAUAUUAAGAAAAGAGGAGUAUGGUCGCAGAAAAGUACAGAAAAAACUAAUUAUUUACGAAAAGUUACUCCUUAUCGAUUUCGGUUACCUUGAGAUAUGUUGUCAUUCUAACAACUUUUCCAUACAUAUGUUACGGUCGCUCGGCCUUAAGUUUAGAGAUAUUCACGAAAUCAAUUAAAUUUCAUUUCGAGUGGCUUUUCUUAAGGUUCUUCAUCGUCUAUGUCGCUUCUUUCUUAUUCUUCUUUUUCGGCAUACUUUUCAUUUCUUUCACUUCUGAAGGUCACAUUCCAUUCCGUAUUAAGAUUUAUUCUAUAGUUAUAUCAGACCUAAUCCUCGACCAAAAUUUAUUUAACCGCCGAGCCGUGAAAGAUCUUUUGCUUGAAAACUUUCCAACAUGUCUUACAAAUAUAAUUGGCUAGGCUUUAUAUAAAGGUAGUAACCACUGACAUGAAAAUAUGGGUUCAUUCUUCUUAAAGCGCCAAAAUGUAAUUUCCAGUUACCGCUUCUUUCAGCCUCAUUGAAGUGUUUUAUUACUGUAAUCAUAUCGAAAUAUUGUAUCCAUAAUUUAGUUGUCAUUUCAUUCUCAAGUUUUACGAUAACAUGAAAAUUUUGAGACAACAUUCUGAAAGUCUGUAUCUGUGAUAUUAUCUUGCGUACCGUCUGUUGCAAAUUAUCAACUAAAGGGCGACCGGUCAGGUCCAACCGAUCGGUCGAUAUCACAUACCUUGAAUGACUUAACGCUCAAGGAGGAGGUUUAAUAGAUCGAGUGUUGGUGUAAUUUGGCACUUUAUUUGCACUUGUUGUAUAAAAGUAAAGUUUGAUGUUCUGAACACGACGAUUGUAAGAUCUUGUUGUGAGUGAAGUAUUUCACCCGCACGGUACGACGCUCUGUUGACUGUCCUAGUAUGUUGCUGAUUCCCCCUAUCAGGUCUCGUCUAUCCAUCGUGCCUUCCCGACCGGGGGUUUUCCCUGGAGUUUUUCCCUGACUUCUGAGUCAUCAGAUUUACAGCUCGGGGAGGACAGAUAAUUCGGAAUUACUCAAAGAAGAGAUAGGUGCUAUUCAAGCCAUAAACGGACGGCCACUCAAAAUCCCGAACACCGUUUCAAAGAUCAUAUAAAGUUUUCGAAAACCUUGAUCUUGUCACGCAAACUUGAGGGUUGGAUGAUAAAAUAAAAUAGCUGAGUCGUAACACAACUAUCAAGUUUGCUUUUAUCAAACUUUAUUAUAAAUUCAGCAAUCACAAUGGAAUACACACUGAAUUAACACACAUAAAUCACAAUUCACUCCAACAACUUUAUGUAAAACCUAGUUACACUGAUACGUUAAGUACGUGGUUAAGUCUAAGGGUAGAACUACGGGGAGGGCAGGGACAUGGCGCAGCAUACGCUGGAGUCUUGUCCGGCGUGGGAGCUGCCCCGCUACACCCUGCGGCACGUCAUAGGCGAGAGGCUCACCCCCUCGACGAUCAUAGAAGCGAUGCUGAGCGGAUCACAGGAAUAUGAGGCUGUCCGCCUCUUCUGCGAGCGAGUUAUGCUCGCAAAGGAGCGAGCAGAAAGGGAGAGAAAGAAAUAUUUCCACCCUUGUAGGAUAACACGAUGAAAGGCGCCAGGGACAAUGCUCCCUCCCCCCCUUAGCGCCAAAUUCAACAAUUAGGGAAUCUAUAGGACUGGCUCGAACGGGAGGUCGCGGGAGGGGGUGCAACAGAAAGAUAAUUCAGCGAGGUUCCUGGAACACCCCUGUCAUACGCGUAGGAUGGCCAACGUGGAGUUUUAGUCCGUAAGAUUUCGACACCACUCUGCUCGGAGUGUCCAUGAGGAUUUCUCCACGUGCAAAAAAAAGUGGUCUAAGGGUAGAAACUUGUAAAGAUAUGUUGACUAUUCUAAGGAUAUAGAAUAAGUGAAGUUUUACUGACGAUACUGUAUCUGAGGAAAGCUAGGGAUGGGUGUGUCUAAGGACACGGGACCAUCGGAUUUGUUGAUGACAAUUUUGGUUAGGAAAGUGAGGGCAGUAGACACCGCUUCCGAUUGGAUAAUAAGAAGAUUGGUGGACCAGGAAGGGUUUUAGCCGCUCUCGAGAGAAAGUUGCUAACGGAAGAUACCAAACGUGAGGAAAACCAACUUUCCCGUGUCAACCCGUAGCAAACAAUAAAUGUAAAGGAAACCUGAAACGAAAGACACUUGUUUGGUCUGAAGGACUUUAACUAUGAAAAUGCCAAGACCCAUGGUGGGUCUUUAAGACUAUUGACGAUACGCGCCAAGGAUGUGCAGACAUCUAGCUGCCAUCUUGCCCGCGGUGUGUGGCCUGAUCUCCGAUGUGGAUUGAUGUUACAAUCUCAUCGUCUGUGAUUUGAAAAGAAGCUAAAAUAAUUUCUGACAAGGCUAACUAUGUGUCCUAUUACUGCUCUUAUAAACAUGGAUAUGUAGCGGCACAUGAGUCAUAGGACGAUUCGAAUCGAGAGUGACUCAUAUUGUUGUGCCUUAGAGUAUCAACGCUGUUUUGAUUUGCGAGGUUUAAGAACAAACGAACUGCGGACAAAAACAUUAUCGCCGUUAUGAAUAAUCGUCAACCGAAACCACAUUUGACCUUCUGUAAAUUGACCGGACAAUAUAAACAGACGAACAUUCUCUCUAGGAAAAGGAGUCUUUAGAGCGAAUCAAUAUAGCGAGUCAUACGGUAGAAUCAAGUGAGCGACGGUUACGACCGACAUACACUAUCUCUGUACUUGUACUUAAAAUGAUUUUAAUAUAAUCAACUAUUACAUUUUUACCACUCGUCUCUUUAAUAAACUAACACAUUGAUACGACCACAGAUACUUAAAAUUUUGUCCAAGUUGACUGCUGUUCGUUGCAAAGUUCGUUACAAAGAGUUGUAUAGUACUCAAUUAUUCGAGGAUGUUUAUCUACUUAUUCGACUAUUUCGUAACGAACGUAAUAAGUGUAGAAUAUUAUACUUAUUAAUCAUUAUGAAAAUACUGUCGUCGCACGGCAAUUUUCUAUAAAAAUUUGAAGUAUAACAACUUACUAUUUUGAUAAACAAAAUAACUGAUAAAUAAUUGAUCAUUUUUAAGAUCAUGGAUCCGCACGUGAAAAUUACGUUAUCUGCGAUAAGGACUCAUGGACUCCGAAAACUACUAGUCAAAAAUAGUCAAUAAGGAAUUUUUUAUAAUAUUACUAAUCAGUAGAUUCAACACUAUUAGUCUUUGUUGAAUAUAGUAUAUUUGUAUUGUACGUGCAAGGGAGAGGGAACGUAGAGCGAAAACACAAACAUGUAUUCCCUCCCUAGUAUUAGAAUAUUCACACAACUCUGCUCGCCACGUGGGCUACUCGUCGGAGGCCUAGGGCACAAGAUUUCACACUACACUUCUCUCUUUUUUCUCAACGGAAUCCUAGGCCAUACUUGUGUAUCGCUCCUCUCUACGUUCUCUCACUCUACACGUACAAUACAAAUGUAUCAUAUAUUCAACCUACUUAAACUACAAAAUACACUUUUUGUAUUACCUUCGGUCGCCCUUGUUUCUAUUCCUUUCGGUAAUAUACGCGUGUUCCAACGGUAAUUAUAGUUCUAACGCGAGCGGUAAGGGGCUGAAGCAUUUUUUAUAGCGUAUAAACAUAAUACGAUAAUUAUACAAUAUUAACAGACAAUUAUAUAAAUUGUGAACAAACAUUUCUGCCAUCAUUUAUUUGCACUUUACAUUAACAAAUAUUUGAAGGUUUGUUUCUU